CCUUCGCAAUACAGAAAGUGUAAGUUGUAGAUAGGUCGGUCGUAUUGGAAUAAGCGAAAAUUGUCACAUUUAACGUCAGAUUCUUAUAGGCUUUGUUUGUUAUCCUUGUUCCGUGUGUCAGCUCCAUACACCGUUUAGUGGUAGUAGUAGGCUCUGGUCCCGUGUUGUGCACCGCUGUCGUGGUCUACCGUAGAAGCGAAACGUAGUUUGAUUCGUUCGGGCGUAUUUUUAUGUAUCUUUUGCAGAAUUUGGCCCAUAAACAGAAGAAAUUUUUUUACAACCAAUCAAGCAAACAACCAAUUGCCUACGCGCAGGAGAGUUGGUAAAUACGCCAAGUGAAAUUCGGAGAUUACGCUGUUUAGUCAGGGAAGGAUAUCUGUUUUCGUAGUGAGAAGUGUUUUUAAAAUUUCAUCAGUGGAAAGUUUUUUAUGAGAAUCAAACCAGUUUUGACAAGGGCUUCGAAAAGAGUUUGACGGAAAUUCACACAGCCAUGGCAUCGACCGUCGAGAGCGCUCCACCGCAGCCCUCGGCUCCCAGUUUGGAAGAUCUGAAUUCGGCAUCCACCUCGCAGCAAUCCACCGCCAAUCUGUACUCGGACGUCACAUCAUCCAGUGCCGACGCUACGACCACCACAAACCAGCAGGAAUCGGAUACGGGCAGUUCCGACACGAGCCCCACCGGCAAGUCCAAAAUCAAUCUCGAGGAUGCCACGGAAGACGGCGGCGAGGAGAAGAAGGACGACUCGGUGUUCGAGUGCAACAUCUGCCUGGACACGGCCAAGGACGCGGUCGUCAGCAUGUGUGGGCACCUGUUUUGCUGGCCGUGCAUACACCAGUGGAUGAACGGCUACCGGAAUACGUGCCCGGUGUGCAAAUCGUCCAUCAGCAAGGAGAAAGUCAUUCCACUGUAUGGGCGAGGCGGAAGCAAGGAAGAUCCCAGAAAAACCGUCCCGCCACGACCGGCCGGCCAGCGAACCGAACCAGAACAACCCCAAGGAUUCCAGGGCUUCACCGGUGACGGCGGUUUCCACAUGUCGUUCGGCAUCGGCGCGUUUCCGUUCGGGUUCUUCACGUCGACACUCAACUUUGGCGAGUUCCGGGGCAAUCCACCGCACGAAAACACCCGCGAGUACGACGAGGAUCAGUUUCUAUCGCAGAUUUUCCUCUACGUGGCGCUCAUCUUCAUGGCCUGGCUCAUUCUGGCCUAAUCGUGCUGCUUGCUAGUCGUGUGUCGUGAUAUCGUCUCAUCACCGCUCGGUAGGUAUGGAAGGGAAUGCUGUGUGGACGGAGCCGCCCCCUCUUUUUGUGGGAACGGUCUUUGGGUUGAUGGUCGAUUUGUGAUAUAAAAUAAAUGUUAUGUCUUUUUACAUGCUUGAGGAAAAUUUGUGUGGAGCGCAAGCCGAAGAAGCUCAAUUUAGUGUUGAGACCAAAAUUCUACCUUCAAAAUUAGCAAACUACAGUUAAUGUGUAAUACAAAACUUAUCACUAUCGUAGAGGAGAACAAAAACUGUGACCGAUGUUUGAUUGGCAUUAGAAUGCAUUAGUCUUUCAUAAGUAGCUUAUCCAUCUUUUUCAAACCGUUUUUAUUUUACUCCUGUUGUUUUAACUACCUAAUUGCUUCUUAUCGUAUAGGACACUUGUUCCGUUUUGUUGCAACAUUUUAUAUUUUAUUUUUCAAAGCGGAACUUAUCGCCUGUCAAUAUCGAAAGUCGUCGUCUGUAAGCGGAACUGAUUUUACAGAAAAUAAGUUUGCUCGAUGCAAAGCAACACGGAUUAGUCCGGAAGAGAAAGAAAGAGCAAAGAGUUUGUAUAAUUUAUUUGAAAGUGAUUUGUGGGCGAUUUAUAUUAUCGUAUAUUUAAGGAAAAAAUAAUAAAAUGCAAUCAAUAUUUGAAAAAGCAAAAA